GCAGUGCCGCCGCGAUAGCUUCACAAUUACAGGUAAACCACACUUUACAUACUGCAUAUUGCAUACUGUACAAUUGAACCGAUUGAAUACUUGAUCUGCGUACCAGCCCAGAAUCAUGCCACCUAAACCCUUCAAUCCCCCACGUCCCUCCACGAAAGCAGGUCCAUCCAAACCCCGCGGACGUCCAAAAGGCUCAGCAUCAACCUCCACAUCCGCCUCCACCUCCAAAGCAAAAUCCAUCCCAAAAGACAAAGCCCCCGCCUCCAAGAAACCCCGCAUCUCGAAGACUCCGACUCCGCAAGCAGAAGACUCGGAAAUGGAUGUUGAUGUAGAAGAAGAAGGAGAAGAAAGCGAUGAUCCGUUCGCCUCACAGCCUAUUGUUACAUCUAAAUCUACAACCAAAUCCAAAUCAAAAGCCUCUAGCACUACAUCUAAGCCUUCAAACUCAGCCUCGAAAUCAAACACAAAAGCAAACAACAACGAUAAUGAUAAUAGCGAUCCACAAUCCUAUGAUUCAGAACUAGAAAUACUAUCUCCCGAUCAAACCACCUCCACCUCCACCUCCACUUCCAAAUCCAAAUUCAAUCCUACAUCUAGCCGCACACAACCGCCUAAUCAACAAUCUCCCGAAGAAGCAGAAGAUUCAGAAGACUCCGAUACCCGCGCAACUAUCCCUCCGGAUCUCCUCUCCAAAAUCAUUCACGAAUUAUUUGCAGAGCAGAAUUCGCGGAUUUCAAAAGAGGCGAAUAAGGCGGUGGGGAAAUAUAUGGAUGUAUUUGUGAGAGAGGCUGUUACGAGGAUUUGGGAUGCGGAUGGAAGGAAAGGGGGAUUUUGGGAGGUAGUUUUUUUUCGUGUUUCGUAUUUGAUCUUUGAUAUUCGUUAUCCGGGGAAAUUGAGUGCAUUGAAAUGGAGUAGCUAACUUUGUAUUUUGUGAUUUAGGUGGAAGAUUUAGAGAAAAUGGCACCGCAGUUAUUAUUGGAUUUUUGAGAGAGUAAGGGCGGUCAUAAUUGGGAAGGAAGACUUUUACAUGGUGCAAUGGUGUUUUAAGCUUUCGCAGACACUGUUAUAUCAAAAGAGAGAAUACUCACGAGGAGAGUGGUAAUGGGUACUAUUUGGUGUUACCGGGGAUAUACGGAGGGGUUAGUGGACAUUACUUUGAACACAGAGCUACCAUAAUGAUAUCAUUAUA